AUGAUUGUACGGAUUUGGCUUGAGGAACGUACGAUGUUAGUUAAUCAUUUGUUCAAAGAAAGAUCAGUUUAUGGCGGCAUGGCUUUCAAGUGCUUAGUGGUGCUUCGAGUCUUAUCGUUGCCGCUCUCCUUUAUAUCCAAGAUUAGAUGCCGACAGCUCAAAGCUUUGAUGGUUCCAAAGGACAUAUCAUCUGCAAUAGCAAUGAUUCUUUUCGCACGAGCCCUAGGAAGACCUUGCCGUUGA